UCAAUCACCAAUUUUUUAAACUGCUGUCUUAUUAACAGGCAUUUAGCUAUUUGUGCUUUCCUUUAUUGUAAGUCAAGGUCAGCACACUUACUCUACAAAGGGCUGGACAGUAUAAAUAUUUUAGGCCUUGCUGGCUGUGUUUUCUGUCGUAACAUCUCAGCUCCAUGUUGGGGAAGCAGCGUAGAAAAUACGUAAAUGAGCACAUGUGGCUGUGUCCCAGUAAACUUUUAUUUGUAAACACGUGUCCUCAUUAGCUUAGGACUAAAGAAACAUCCAUCAGAGGAAACAUCCUGGUCCUUAUCUCUUCUCAAUACUGAUAUCCCCCCUUUUUAGUAAAUGCCAAGAAGUGGGAUUAUUGGGUCAAAGAACAUGUACUCUUUAAAUUAUGCAUAGGAGAGACGCCCCCUCAUCAGACCAGUGCCUGAAUGAUCCUGGUGGCAAAAUGUUUUCAUGUGGACAUUUAUCUAAGGUUUUUGCUUAAAAUGUAGGGGUCCCCCUGCCUGGAGUCUGCAGAAUUUUCAGACCCUUUCUUGGGGUUAGAAAACAGCACAGUCUGUGAUUGCAGCUUGGACAUCUGUAACAUCCCAAAAAUUACCAAUGGUGACUGUGCCCAAAUCUGCCUUCAUCUUUUCCCAAACAGCCAAAUGCUGGUGGUGUCCUGGAGGCUGUGGCAGGCUGUGCACCUACCUACGCUGGUUUGGUCACGUCACAAGGCCUGGGUUCUCUGUAGAUACCAGAGCUGCCAAGCAGUUAGGGGUUUGUGGGAAUCAGCUGCUUCCCCUGAUUCUCAAACCAAGUUCCACCAGCCCCUCAGACACAGCCAGAAAACAGCUCUGUAAAUUCCAGGAAGUCCCACCUGAUGUGACAGUUUAGUUGGAGGCAAAGGUGCUGAUAUUCUGGCAGCAGGAUUCACUUAACACCUUGUGCUCAGUGUAGCCACAAAUCCCCUGAGUCCUUGGAGAUACAUCUGGGGACGAUCCCUAAAGGGAUAGGCCUCGCCACCUUCUCACUGUGUGUUCUUGCAAGGCUGGGUGGUUCCUAAAAUAUUUUAACCAGUCUGCCAUCUUGAAUACUCCAAUUUCACUAAUGAGAACCCAUUGGUGCCAUCUGCUAGGAUUAUCACUGGGUCCUUGUGUGCAGUGGGCUCUAGAGCAGGCGCAGGCCUCGCCAGGAGGGUGGCGGGCUGAGCGCCCCUGCAAUGCGAGCUCCAGGUCGGCACCCAGCUGCCCUUCUGGUGUAGCUGAGGCUUAAACCACAGGAGCACAGGAGUCGUGGACCUCAUGACAUCACCAUGAACGCCACAUCACAUUGAGAUACAGACCACAGGAAGUCCUCCAGGGCCCUCUUAGCUAUUUCUGGAUUCUCCAUGAUGACCAAGUGACAGUUUCGUUCUUUUUCACUUUGUUUUUGUUUGUUUGUUUGUUUGUUUGUUUGCCCCAGUCCUCGUGGAGCCACAUGUGGGCUGGGGCCAGGAUGUUAAGAGACGAGGGCGCAUCCGCUUGUGCCUCCGCUCUGCAGUUCAGGCAGCCACCCUCAGCAAGGAAGAGAGGAAGAAAACUGCUGGUUUCCAAGGGGCACCUUGACCAGCUCACGGGCAUCUUGAGGCCUUUUGGAAAGCAGAUGUGCAGGGAGACGAGAAGCCAUGCAGCUUCCUGCUCUCUCCUGUGUUAGUGGAAGGAUUGCAGGUUUAUUACUUUACAGUGGCUUUGAAAUGUGCUGUUUCUCUAACGAGCAUGUCUUUAUUGACUUCCGCACUUCGAGGACUCCCCUGUGAAGCCCAUGGAUGGAAUAAAUGGCCCUGAACAAGGCACACAGGUCCUGGGAGCUGAUUCAGAAAGCAGUGAUGUCGAUGCAAGUUCAGACCAGGAAGAUCCGGCUGCGUGCGCUGUCACGCCUGCAGUGCCUCAAAGCCCUUUGAAAAAUGAGUUGAGAAGAAAAUACUUGACCCAAGUGGAUAUACUGCUACAAGAUUCAGGGUGUUUUGAGUGUGCAGACGACGGAGCGGGAAAGGACACACUCGUGGCCCUGCUCCCCUCACCGGCCUCAGCUGCCACGCCUGCCCCUGGAAACUGUGGUGGUAUCUCUGGAAAGAGUCCUGGGGACCCAGCUACACCAGCUUCAUCUCCCAGACAAUGGGACCCUCCACAUCCUUGCUCAACAGACAUGGCCAUAGUACCUAGAAAUGACAGUCUCUCACUAACAAGGGCCAGUAGCAGCAGCUUCUUAAGCAGCCAGUCCUUUGUAGACGACGACAUUUGCAACGUGACGAUCAGUGACCUGUACGAGGGCAUGCUGCACUCGAUGAGCCGGCUGCUGAGCAUGAAGCCAUCAAGCAUAAUCUCCACCAAAACGUCCAUCAUGCAGAACUGGAACUCGAGGAGGAGGCACAGAUGUAAGAGCAGGAUGAACAAAACGUAUUGCAAAGGAGGCAGACAUUCUCAGAGGAGCUCCAAGGAGAGGUUUUUACCCUGCUCUGAGCCUGUGCAAGAGAAAGGCGUGUUAAGAGAUUGCAAGAACUUACUAGAUGUUUCUUGCCGUAAGACAGGUUUAAAAUUGGAAAAAGCUUUUCUUGAAGUAAAACCCCAAAUCCGUAAGUCAGAUCCGAGUUGGAAGGAGCUUAAAGUGACACCCCAGAAGUAUUCCUCAUUGAGUUAUUUAGACCCCAAUGGAACACAUAGUCCUGAUCAGGAAAAUAGAUUUAUGACAUUAAAAUGGUUAAUUUCUCCUGUAAAAAGGGUUUCCAGACCGAGAGUACUACUGGGCUAUGAAGGGAAUCGUCAUAGGGAGAUUGAAAUCAAAUUCAAUGAGCUCUAUCGGGAAUAUUGCCUGACUCCCAGGAAACCGCCUCACCUGACUGGCCUCCCCGACUCCUGGGCUGUGGACGUGUACAAAGGUGGUCCCGCCAGCCCUGGUGGCCGUCGGGGCUUAGAAACCCACAGGCUGAGCUUCCCUUUCAACAAAGCAAAAGCAAAAAGGCUGAACGAGGCUUUUGAAACUGUGGGCAACAGACCCACGGAAGUGAGUGGGUGCCUGCAAAGGGGAGGGUCCUCUUUGUCACUCUCAAACACCAGCCCCGCACUGAGCCCCACACCGAGCCCCACACCGAGCCCAGGUCACUCUCAGCAGAUGCCUGACCUUCAUUCCCAAGGAAACAGUUCCGGAAUGUUUAGAAAGUCAGUAUCGCCCAGCAAAGCUGUUUCGGUACCAAGGAUAGGACCUCUGGGCUCUGGAAGAAAUCGUUAUGAUGAAAUUAAAGAACAAUUUGACAAGCUUCAUCAAAAAUGUUGCCCAAAAUUGCCUGUGCAGGCGAAGGCACCUUUAGGUAUUGGAGCAUCUCCAGAUAAAGCAAGUGGGGAAGUUCGGUGUCAAACAGACGACUUAGGAACAUUCAAUCCAGACUCUCGCUUCCAGGGUUCCCCAAAGUUAUCGCUGUCUUCACCACCCCUGGGGUGCAUGAAAAGUCUGCGUGGCUCAACUGCAGUUGUGGCUCAUCCAUCUGCAUGUGUCCCUUAUGCUACCAGGAGGGACCUUCAGUCCCCUGCAAAAAGAUGCAGAUUAUCAGACCCCUGGGGGUGCGGACCCCACGUCGAUUCCCGGGAUUCCUCAGGUUCGAGGAGCAGAGCCGCCCUCAGACCAGGAGAGCAGGGCAGCUCUUCGCAGCCCGACCUGGAAGAGGAGAAGGCACACAGAUGUUUCCAUGGCUGCAGUGUAAUAAACAGAAAACCUUUGAGGUUUUGCCGGCUCGCAUUGGGAGUUCCAGUGGCAUUUCACUGAAAUUGUUUUGUCUUUUUUCUUUUUUUUUUUUUUUU